CACCAUUCUAUCCUCAUCAGGGUGUAACAAGUCUUAAUAUUACAUUCACAAUCAUUAUCACAGAAGGUGUUAAUGAGAAACCUAAAACUCCAGUCAAAUCACAUCUGACUCAGAUUAAUGAUAGUAAA